AUGGAAUCUAGUAGAUAUCAAAACAUCACACAUUCAUUUUAUGAAGAAUUCUUACGAAUUCGUCCUCCGUACGAGCUAACGAUUAAACGUGAUGAAUUAAUCUCGCCAUCGAUUAAUUCCCGAAGUGCUUUGAACCAUAAUAAAGACCCCGAAAAAUAUAAAAAGCCACGACCUUUAAAUUCGUUUAUGCUAUUCAGAAAGAAUUAUCAAGCCGAAUUAAAAUCAUUAGGUGUUAAUAUUAAGAAUGGAGAAUUUUUAAGUUUGGCUUCUAAAAUCUGGGAAGAACAACCUUAUCCUGUAAAAAACUAUUUCGAAAUUGCCGCUAAAGCAGCCGAUGAAAUACAUAAAGGAAAAAAUCCUUCUUAUAGAUAUUCCUCCAAAAAAAACCGCAAAAAGAUUAAAUCUAACAAAAUAUCUAAGAAAGCGAACAAUACUAAAGUUGAGAUUAAUCGAUCUCCAUUUCCGAAUUACGAUCAGCGCCCGGAUGUGGACAUUCCUCCAGAACGUUCAAAUAAUCAUCUUAACGGCGAUUCCAAUGAGGAUGAAAUUUUUUCUCAAAUGCUCAUUGAGUUAACGUACGCCCCCUUAGAUAAAUCUUAA